CAAUGACUGUUGAAACUGAUCUGGCUAAGCGAGUUGGCGAACUUAAUUUGGAAAAACGAGUGGAUGGAGUAGCGGAGAAAAUGGACAAGAAACUUUCUACUGACUCUAUGAAUGGCGAAAGUUUGGAGAAGCGUGUUCGUCAGUUGCGUGGUCCGAUUGUUAUUGGGCGUGCUCAACAUGGAAUUGUUAAAUGGUUUAGUGUAGCCAAAGGUUUGAUUUUCUUUUGGAUGAGCUUCGUGAAUUGAAACGGGGUGGGGUAGGCCAGGGCAUUGUUUUGGUGAGCUUAGAGUUUGGUCCUUGAUUCUGAGCAUGUUGAGAGGUUUCCUUGACUCUAUUCUAAUAGAAAUUCUUGA